GGGCCGGGUCGGGUCGGGUCGGUAUCGUCGGUAUCGUUCCUCCGGUGUCUCCGGGUUCCCGGGAAGUCGCUCUGCGCAAACAGGAAUGGAUUUCCCCUCCAGAGGCUUUGGACAGGACGCCCAAAUCUCCCCCGCGCGGCCUGUGCCGGGCGCGGGGCCCUGCGGCGUGAAUCGUUUCCUGAGCCUGCUGCACUCCAUCUCCUCGGGCCUGUCGGACACGGAGCUCUCCUCCAUGAAGUUCCUCUGCCGCGACAUAAUUAGCAAGCGAAAGCUUGAGGCGGUGCAAAGCGGCAGGGAUCUCUUCAGCAUCCUGAUAGAGCAGCAGAACAUCGCGGACGACAACCUGGAAUUCCUGAGAAGGCUGCUGCAGCACAUCCGUAGGGGCGAUCUGCUGUCACAGCUGGCAAAGUUCGAAGAGGAGGAACCUUGUGCCCCUGAUGAUCAGCCAGAUGGGCAUGAACAACGUCUCCUGAAGGCAGCUGUUCUUGUCAUACAUGACAAUGUUGGGAGAGAGUGGAAGAGGCUGAUGCGAGAACUUGGGAUGCCAGAGGUGAAGCUGGAGAGGAUAGAGACAGACUAUCGAGAUAAAUUGUCUGAACAGGUUUUUCAGGCACUUCGACAGUGGCAGUCGUGGAAGGGGAAGGAUGCAAAGGUAGCUGACUUAAUACAAGCCCUCCGGGGCUGCAACCUGAAUUUGGUGGCAGACAGAGUUGAAGGAAAGAUCUCAGAAUUGAAUACUGGAACCAGAUGAAAUCGGUGUAAAACUAUCAAUGAAAAAAGUCCGAGUGCUGCCUUCUCUUCUGAAGCAAAAUUAUCACUGGUUGUUUAUCAUGCCAUUUACUUAUGUGCCUUAAUAGGUUAAUUUGUGCUCUGUGAAAAUUGGCAUGGAGACAGAUUCCUUUCAGAAAACACUUUUUAGUUUAAUGCUUCUGUCAAGAUAUUUUAAUUUUCACAAGAUACGAACUCAUUUUUGUAGAAAUUCUCACGCUUUUGUUCUGCCACUCACCUGGAAAGAUUUGCUUUGCUGCAGGCACUUUUCAGAUGCAUCUCUACUGGAAAUACAUCCAUGAGACACUUGUGAGGCAACUGGAAUUUAAAAUUUCAUGGGGAGGUUGGAUUUUUUUUUUUUUUUUC